CCUCUCCCUCAGGGCUCAACCCAUCCACUCUCUCUCUCCUCGUUCUUCCAUCUCCACCAGCAGCACCAUGGCCCCUCAACUCCCGUCCCAGAACCGGGCUGGUCCCCGGCUGCUCCAGGGAGACCUGAGCGAGCUCAGCCCCGCCGUCAGGGACUUUGUGGAGGCUAACGUCAAGCUGUGCCAGCCCGAGGCGCUCCACAUCUGCGACGGGUCCGAGGAGGAGAACCGGAGUGUCCUGGCCCAGCUUCAGGAGCAGGGCAUGAUCAAGAAGCUCACCAAAUAUAAGAACUGCUGGCUGGCCAGGACAGACCCCAGAGACGUGGCCCGCGUGGAGAGCAAAACCGUCAUCGUCACCCAGAACGAGCAGGACACUGUGCCCUCGCCGCGUGGAGGCGGAGUCAGCCAGCUGGGCCGCUGGAUGUCCCAGGAGGAGUUUGACAAGGCCGUGACGCUGCGGUUCCCUGGCUGCAUGAAAGGACGUACCAUGUAUGUGAUCCCCUACAGCAUGGGACCAGUGGGCUCCCCCCUGUCAAAGAUUGGAGUGGAACUGACCGACUCUCCCUAUGUGGUGGCCAGUAUGAGGGUGAUGACCCGCAUGGGCAAGGCUGUACUAACUGCCCUGGGAGGGGGGGACUUUGUACGCUGUCUACAUUCCGUUGGCUGCCCCCUGCCUCUCAAAAGUCCCCUGGUGAAUAACUGGCCGUGUAACCCCGAGCUGACCCUGAUCGGCCACAUCCCCGACCGCCGGCAGAUCGUGUCCUUCGGCAGCGGCUACGGAGGGAACUCCCUGCUGGGGAAGAAGUGCUUCGCUCUGCGCAUCGCCUCCCGCAUCGCCAAGGAGGAGGGCUGGCUGGCCGAGCACAUGCUGAUCCUGGGCAUCACCAACCCAGCGGGCCAGAAGAAGUACAUGGCGGCAGCCUUCCCCAGCGCCUGUGGAAAGACAAACCUGGCCAUGCUCAGCCCCGCUCUGCCCGGCUGGAAGGUGGAAUGUGUCGGAGACGACAUCGCCUGGAUGAAGUUUGAUGACCAAGGCAACCUGCGUGCCAUCAACCCAGAGAACGGUUUCUUCGGUGUUGCCCCCGGUACCUCAGUCAAGACCAACCCCAACGCCAUGGAGACCAUCUGCAAGAACACCGUGUUCACCAACGUAGCAGAGACCAGUGAUGGGGGUGUGUACUGGGAGGGCAUGGACCAGGCACUACCAGAGGGGGUCUCCGUCACUUCCUGGAAGAACCUGCCCUGGACGCCACAGGACGGUGAGCCGUGCGCCCACCCAAACUCCCGCUUCUGCACCCCGGCCGGACAGUGCCCCAUCAUCGACCCGCAGUGGGAGUCUCCCGAGGGCGUGCCCAUCGAGGCCAUCAUCUUUGGAGGACGCAGGCCAGAGGGAGUGCCCCUGGUGUACGAGGCGUUCAACUGGCAACACGGCGUGUUCGUGGGAGCGGCCAUGAGGUCGGAGGCCACCGCUGCAGCGGAACACAGAGGCAAGGCGAUCAUGAACGAUCCCUUCGCCAUGCGCCCAUUCUUCGGCUACAACUUUGGCAGGUACCUGUCUCACUGGCUGAGCAUGGCCGACCGGCCCGGUGCCAGACUGCCCAAGAUCUUCCACGUCAACUGGUUCCGCAAGUCCACCACUGGAGGCUUCCUCUGGCCUGGCUUCGGGGAGAACAUCCGGGUCCUGGACUGGAUGUUCCGCCGCCUGUCCGGCGAGGCUGGGGCCAUGCCCUCAGCUGUGGGCUACCUGCCCUGCCAGGGCUCCCUGAACCUGCAGGGUCUGGGCAGCAGCCUGGACUUGGAGCAGCUGUUUGGCCUGGACCAGGCCUUCUGGCAGAAGGAGGUGGAUGAUGUCAGGGCUUACUUCGACACGCAGGUCAACGAUGACCUACCCGAAGAGGUCGCCAGGCAACUGGAGAUGCUGCAACAUAGGGUCCGUCAGCUGUGAGGGGAGAGAGGGAGGACUGAAAGAGAGAAAUAGAAAGAGAUAGAGGAGUAAAAGAGAAUAAGAGAGAGAAGUGCCUUUGACCUCUAGUCACUUGCGACGUAGCAGAGCGAUGAUUCUAGAUUAUCUAAUUGAUCUAGCUGGCUGACCUGGGUGAGUCAGGGCAUGAGGGAGAAAAACAUGUUUGGUUAUUCUCCGUUUUCUUUUUGCGAUUUAUUUUUCUUUUCUGAGUGCCAGGAACCCUCCUGUCUCCAACCUAGCUCCUCUCCCAGGCUGCGUGCACAGGGCAGCCCCUCCUGAACCUGGAGAUGGAUAGAGUAGCAGUAACAUCACAGAACAAUACGGGUGCCAGAUUACGUAGUCACCACGCUUUCUUAGUUAUCUCUGUAACUUUGAAGCAAUGUGAUACAUUCCUAAAUCAUCUGUCUGUGUUAUUUAACAUUAACUUAUUAUAUAUGCAUAAAAAAACAGUUUCCUGCUCUGACAGGCAUUUAAACAGGGGGUCCUUGUCGCCAUGGAACCGGUCUCUGGCUGUGGUCAUGGUAACGGGGGUCCACCUCUAUCCAUGUAUAGGACUGCGUUUUAUGAUGUUAUUAAGUUAUUUUUGUAUUUUGUGCUGUUUUCUUGUAUUGUUUGACUGAAAUCCAAAUAAAAGAGAGAUUAUUUAAAAGGUA